AUACAUAUUUAUCUAUGUUGUUUGAAUGCGAUUGUGAGUAAUGUGAUUUGUAUUGGUAGAAAUAAUAAUAUACAAGAAAUGGAAACUAUAUUAGAACAACAACGUCGUUACCACGAAGAAAAAGAACGUUUAAUUGAUGCUAUGGUAAAAGAAAUGCUUCAUAAAAAGAAUACUUACCGAGAAGCCAUAAAUUCCGACCACAGACAAAAAUAUUUACUAGAUAGAUAUAUGACUUCAACAGAGAGACUAAUAGAGCUUUACGAAGAUAAAGACGGUCAACGUAAAGCCGAAGUAGCCGCUUUAACUGGACCAAACGAAUUUCAAGAAUUUUACAGUAGGUUGAAGCAGAUUAAAGAUUUUUAUCGACGUCAUCCUAAUGAGAUCAGUGUUCCUAUGUCCGUUGAAUUUGAUGAAUUUUCCAAAGCACGAGAAAAUCCCAAUGAAGAUCUCGCAAAUUUUGUAGAAUUCACUGAUGAGGAGGGAUAUGGAAAAUAUUUAGAUUUGCAUGAAUGUUAUGAAAAGUACAUCAAUUUGAAGGGUAUUGAAAAAGUCGACUAUAUUACUUAUUUGGGUAUGUUUGAUCAAUUAUAUGAUAUACCGAAAGAAAGGAAAACUGGAGAAUACAGGAAGUAUCUGCUAUGUUUAAUUGAGUAUUUGUCUUGGUUUGUACAAAGAAUUAAACCUCUUAUGGAUCUGGACAGUGAUAUGCAAGAACAGGUUGAACAGGUAUUGGCAAACUGGGAUAGCGGUAGUGUACCAGGAUGGCCAAAAGAAACUGGUUCUGCAUUAGCAAACGUUGGAGCUCAUUUGGAUCUUUCGGCAUUUUCUAGCUGGGAAGAAUUAGCUUCUUUGGGCUUAGAUAGAUUAAAAUCAGCUUUGAUGGCCUUAGGAUUGAAAUGUGGUGGUACAUUAGAAGAAAGGGCGCAAAGAUUAUUUUCUACAAAAGGUAAAGGAUCUUUGGAUCCUUCCCUCAUGACAAAAAGCAAUAAAGGCAAAGCCAGUAAAGAAAGGGAGUUGUUAAGACAAAGGGAAUUGGCAACACUGGAAGCACAAAUCUAUAGGUUGGCAGAUUUAGUUUCCAGUCAGCGUUCAGCUACUAAAGAAAAUGUCCAACGAAAGCAAGCACGUACUGAUGGAGAAAGAGAUGACAGUGAAAAUGAAGAGAGUGAAGAUGAUAGCCCAGAUGAAGGAGAAGAUGAUGUUCCUUAUAACCCAAAGAAUCUUCCUUUAGGAUGGGAUGGGAAGCCAAUUCCAUAUUGGUUAUAUAAACUACACGGCCUCAAUAUAAGCUACAACUGUGAAAUAUGCGGUAAUUAUGUUUACAAAGGCCCGAAAGCAUUUCAAAGACAUUUUGCCGAAUGGAGACAUGCUCAUGGAAUGAGAUGUCUGGGAAUUCCAAAUACUGCACAUUUCGCCAAUGUUACGCAAAUUGAAGAUGCUUUGGCUUUAUGGGAAAAGUUGAAGGUUCAAAAACAAAGCGAACGGUGGCAGCCAGAAACUGAAGAAGAAUAUGAAGAUUCUCAGGGUAAUGUGGUCAAUAGGAAGACUUAUGAGGAUCUUAAAAGACAAGGAUUACUUUAAAUUUAAUUUAAAUCGUAUUUGUAACAUUAUCAUCAAUAAAAAUUAACUAACCAA